GAAUUAUGGCGGCUGCCUGGCCAGGCACAGGCCCACCCCUCCCCCGGCCCACGAACUUGACCCCACAGCACACAGCCCGUUCGUCCCCAGGCCACAGCCUUCCACCCAGGCAGUGGUCAGGCAGAGACAGCCCGCACCACGGCCAGAGCCCUCUCAGGCAUUUCUACCCUCCCUUCAUCUCUUUGCACUUGGUGACAAAUGCAAAAGAAUGGGGACCACGUGCCCCAGAGACGGGCACCCACAUCAGGAGCUAUUCCUGAGGCCAGAAUCCGAGUCACCUCCCCUGUUACCACGUCCCUAAGACGACUGUCCACUGGCUGAGAGCCCACCCCUCCCCACACACCACAUCCACCUGCCUCAGCUCCAGCCUGGCCUGAUGGCCCCACGCCCACGCAGCAGACUCGCUCAGGACCCAACACACAGGGGCACAUUUACGAGCUGGGUGGCAUCUUCUGGGAAAAUAAACAAGCCGUAAUGAGGGGUCCCUGAAAACUAGCUCUAAACACCAACAAGGAAGGGGAAAUGUCCUGAGCCUCUGCUGGGAAAACACACAACACAGAGGGCUAUAAAAGUGAGCCCGAACAGCUGGCACGCACACCCGCACUCACACACACACUCACACACCCACACCCACUCCCUCCUGCAGCCCCACCGCCCCCGCCAUGGCCGCGUCCACCCUGUCCGUCCGCUCCAGCGACCUGAGCUAUGGCAGCCGCGUCUGCCUGCCCGGAUCCUCGGACUCCUGCCCCGACUCCUCCUGGCAGGUGGACGACUGCCCAGAGAGCUGCUGCGAGCCCCCGUGCUGCGCCCCGGCCCCCCGCCUGACCCUCCUGUGCGGCCCCUCCUCCCCCUGCCAGGGAGACUGCUGCACCCCUGCGUGCUGCAAGCCCGUGUGCUGCACCCCUGUGUGCUGCAAGCCCGUGUGCUGCACCCCUGUGUGCUGCAAGCCCGUGUGCUGCACCCCUGUGUGCUGUAAGCCCGUGUGCUGCACCCCUGUCUGCUGCCAGGACUCCCCCUGCUCAGCCCCCUCCUGCUGCCAGCCCAGCCCCUGCUGCAGACCCUCCUCCUGCGUGUCCCUGCUCUGCCGUCCCGUGUGCAGGCCCGCCUGCUGCACCCCUGUGUGCUGUAAGCCCGUGUGCUGCACCCCUGUCUGCUGCCAGGACUCCCCCUGCACAACCUCUUCAUGCUGCCAGCCGUCCUGCUGCACCUCCUCCCCCUGCCAGGAAGACUGCUGCACCCCUGUGUGCUGCAAGCCCGUCUGCUGCACCCCUGUCUGCUGCAAGCCCGUCUGCUACACCCCUGUGUGCUGUGAGGACUCCCCCUGCUCAGCCUCCUCCUGCUGCCAGCCCAGCCCCUGCUGCAGACCCUCCUCCUGCGUGUCCCUGCUCUGCCGCCCCGCGUGCCCCCGCCCCGCCUGCUGCACCCCUGCCUCCUCCUGCUGCCGCCCGGCCUCCUGCGUGUCCCUGCUCUGCCGCCCCGUGUGCCCCCGCCCUGCCUGCUGAGGCCACCAUUCUGAUGGGCACGUCCCCCCAGGGCCAGCUGAGCACUCUGGGGAACCCCGGCUCUUCCCUGCCUCCUUCAGGAUCUAACCCAGCGCAAUCUCGGGCACACAGGUCAGCGUGAAUGUUCACCAUCUUCGGAGCCUAAUAACCAGGGCCGAGCCGGUUCACAGCCUCACAUCACGACCAGAUGAACCGGAGACAGCCCUCCCCUGUUACUGAAAGGCCCCCAGGCUGUUUCUGGCAACCACGGCCCCCAGCUCUGCAGUCUUACUGGGGCUCCCGGCCCUAGAAGCUGUCUGCCUCCUCCCAAGCACACAUCUGGAGCUAAGCGAAUAAACCUGCAGUCCUGGCCUCCACUGGCCCUCUCUCCCAGCCUCCGGGCUAACGGAACCCCGACUUUAGCAAUCCUGCCGAUGAGCCACAUCUUGGGAACACUUUCAAUGGCAGUGAGUUCUGAGGCCCACGCUGGUGGUCACCAACUGCACCUCCAGGCGGCUCCGGGUGGCUGGACAGAAGGUUCGGGCCUCAGGUGGCCACAGCCACCCGGACAGCGGGCCCCUUGGCAAGAAGGCCCCAUUGCUUUCUUGAGCGGGGAGGCCUCGCUCUCCCCGGUCAGUCCAGCAUCAGGAUGCAGGGCCCAAGGUGGUUUCUGGGCUGGGAGGCAGGCGGGGCCGGGCCUUCCAGGGAGACAGCUAAAGGGGGCAUUGCCUUCUGAGUCUCUCUCUCUCCAUCUGCCCUUGAACUUCAGUGUUUUAUUCAAAUGUCCCCCCGCCUCUGCCUGCACAUGCCAAUGUGCCAUGCCGUCCCCGGCCGCACACCCCGCCCGGUGUGACAGAGGUCAAGAGGAAGACCCCAGAGGCUAAGCCACUUUGAGUUCCAACACCCUGGCAUCUGAGGCCCAGGGGUGCUGCCUUCCAGGGCACUUCCCUCGAGGCUGUCUGGAUGGGGCCCCCACGUUUCCCAGGGUUCCCCAUAGCAGGCCUCAGUCCCAGACAGGGUCACUUCCUCACGGUCCGUGAGUUCGAGCCCCGCGUCGGGCUCUGUGCUGCCAGCUCGGAGCCUGGAGCCUGCUUCGGAUUCUGUGUCUCCCUCUCUCUCUGCCCCUCCCCUGCUCGUGCUGUCUCUCUCUCUCUCUCUCUCUCUCUCUCUCUCUCAAAAAUA